AACAGUCCGAGCGGCUUACAGAAUGACAGUCUGCGGGAGUGAGCUGAGAGUGUGCGCGGAACCCGGCUCUCUUGCCUUCUGGGCUUCAACGCAGCUCCGAGACUGAACUGGGUGCUCACCACCACGGGUCCGCCGGACUAUGGAAUACAGAUGUGGCAGCACAGGUAGCCCCACGUUGCCUAGAGGAAUACAUCAUGGGUUUUGAGAAGAAAUUGUAGGAGCCAGUUUUUUUCUUUUUUUUUUUUUUAACACACACACACAGACACACAGACACACGCACACACACACUGUAAAGAUGCAAAAACGUAAUAUCCAUGAAGAUCCUAUUACCUAGGAAGACUCGGAUGUUUUGCUGCGAAUGCGGUGUUGGGAUUUAUUUGUUCUUGGAGUGUUCUGCAUGGCUGGUAAAGAAUAAUGUUCCAAAAUCGGUCCAUCUCCCAAGGGGUCCAAUUUUUCUUCCUGGGAGUCAGCGAGCCCUGACUCACUCCACUGCAGCUGACGGGGGCUGUCAUGCAGGCGGCCCCUAAGCCAAAGCGAAAGACCUAAGGACGACCUUUGAACAAUACAAAGGAUGGGUUUCAAUGUAAUUAGGCUACUGCGAGGAUCAGCUAUAGCAGUGGUAGUAUUGACAAUGCUUUCUUCUGCUGAACGAGGAUGCCCUAAGGGUUGUAGGUGCGAAGGCAAAAUGGUAUACUGUGAGUCUCAGAAACUGCAGGAGAUUCCCUCAAGUAUAUCUGCCGGUUGCUUAGGUUUAUCCCUUCGCUACAACAGCCUCCAAAAACUUAAGUAUAAUCAAUUUAAAGGGCUCAAUCAGCUCACCUGGCUCUACCUUGACCACAACCAUAUCAGCAAUAUUGACGAGAAUGCUUUCAAUGGGAUACGCAGACUCAAAGAGUUGAUUCUGAGUUCCAACAGAAUCUCCUAUUUCCUUAACAACACCUUCAGACCUGUGACCAAUUUACGGAACUUGGAUCUGUCCUACAAUCAGCUCCAUUCUCUGGGAUCUGAACAGUUCCGGGGCUUGAGGAAGCUGCUUAGUUUACACCUCCGCUCCAACUCACUGAGAACCAUCCCAGUGCGGAUCUUCCAAGACUGUCGCAACCUGGAACUUCUGGACUUGGGAUACAACAGGAUCCGAAGUUUAGCCAGGAAUGUCUUUGCUGGCAUGAUCAGACUCAAGGAGCUUCACCUGGAGCACAAUCAAUUUUCCAAGCUCAACCUGGCCCUUUUCCCAAGGCUGGUGAGCCUUCAGAACUUGUACAUGCAGUGGAAUAAAAUCAGCGUCAUAGGACAAACCAUGUCCUGGACCUGGAGUUCCUUACAGAGGCUCGACCUGUCUGGUAAUGAGAUCGAAGCCUUCAGCGGACCCAGUGUCUUCCAGUGCGUUCCCAAUCUGCAACGCCUCAACCUGGAUUCCAACAAGCUCACAUUUAUUGGACAAGAGAUUCUGGAUUCUUGGAUCUCUCUCAAUGACAUCAGUCUGGCUGGGAAUAUAUGGGAAUGCAGCAGGAAUAUCUGUUCCCUGGUAAACUGGCUGAAAAGUUUUAAAGGUCUGAGAGAGAAUACAAUUAUCUGCGCCAGUCCCAAAGAGCUGCAGGGGGUUAACGUGAUCGAUGCAGUGAAGAACUACAGCAUCUGUGGCAGGAGCACUAGCACAGAGAGAUUUGACCUGGCCAGGGCCCUCCCCAAGCCCACGUUUAAGCCCAAGCUCCCCAGGCCGAAGCACGAGAGCAAGCCUCCUCUGCCCCCCACGGUGGGAGCUACCGAGCCCAGCCCAGAGACAGAUGUGGACACGGAGCACAUCUCCUUCCAUAAGAUCAUCGCCGGCAGCGUGGCCCUUUUCCUGUCGGUGCUGGUCAUCCUCUUGGUGAUGUACGUGUCCUGGAAGAGGUACCCCGCGAGCAUGAAGCAGCUGCAGCAGCGCUCCCUCAUGCGAAGGCACCGGAAGAAGAAAAGGCAAUCGCUCAAGCAGAUGACUCCAGGCACCCAGGAAUUUUAUGUAGAUUAUAAACCCACCAACACGGAGACCAGCGAGAUGCUGCUGAACGGAACGGGACCCUGCACCUAUAGCAAAUCAGGCUCCAGGGAAUGUGAGAUACCUUUAUCAAUGAAUGUGUCAACCUUUCUGGCAUAUGACCAGCCCACAAUAAGUUACUGUGGGGUCCAUCAUGAACUCCUCUCCCAUAAGUCCUUUGAAACGAACGCACAGGAAGACACGAUGGAAAGCCACCUAGAGACUGAGCUGGACUUGAGCACAAUCACGUCAGCUGGCCGCAUCAGUGACCAUAAACCACAGCUGGCCUGACGGAGCUGAGCAGUCGCCCAGGCUUGCUACCCAACUAUAACCUCAACCGCAGAAAGAGGAGAACCGGUUCAUUGCGACUCUCUCGAGUACAAAACAAAAACAAAACUCCCCUGUUCGAAUAAACAAAAUUCUAAGAUUGGUUCAUGAAAUAAAAGAAGACAUGAAUUGUUUCAAGUCUAUACUUUGUAACUAGCUAAGUUGUGCAGUAUUUUUUUGACUUUGACAGAGAAUGACCCUGAAAAAAAAAAUCAUUUUUUUUCCGAAACUCAUCCUACCUACCUGUAAAAAAAAAAUUGUACAGCGCUAAUGUAUUUUUCAUAUUAUAAAGUUUCAAUUCUAGGGACAACUGGUAUGUACAGAACCGUAAUUUAAUGAUGCUUUCACUUUACAAACUUUACACCUUUCAGUUUCUAAACAUUUUAAAUUAACAAACAUUAUUUCUUGUGUUCUUGAGAGUUACUUGGUUUUUUGUAGGGGCCGUUUUGUUACUACAUUUGUGCCCAGAAACCUUGACUCCGAAAUCUGUGCUGUGCGGACAAUGCACGAUUUUUAAUCAUUACCGUGCUUACUGCAUAGGCUUUUAUCUACUUGUUCCAGAGAUAAUACAUUAACCAAAAGAAGGUUUUAAUUGUUCAGACGUGUAAGAGGUUCUUCAAUUACAUAGACAGGUCUUUCUUAUAAAUGAAAAAAAAAAAAUCGGAUUUUUUUUUUUAACAGUUCUUCUAAGACUUUAACUGUUGCCUUGAAGUACAGCCUAGUUUCUAAGCGGUGAAAUGUAAUGAUAAAGAGGGAUAUUUUAACAAAAUAUUUCCGAAUGAAUGACUCAUUAUUUCAUUCUUUUGAGUAACUGUUGUUAAAGGUAGAGGAAAGCACGAACCAAGCAUCACUGGAAACAAAGGUCGUAACCACAGCAACAAACUUCUAUACACUUCAGAGGUGCAGCUAAAGUGACAAAGAAAAACCCCUGAUACAUCUCCCUGUUGUCAGGCCAAGGUGGGAGGAUAUGGCAUAAUUGUACAGUAGCAAUUUUUUUAUCUAAAUUAACCCAAAGUGGUUUAUCUAAAAAUAACCACGAGUCAGUUCAAACUCUGAGUGGUUCUUAAGGCAAGUUUUCAUCUGGAAGUUGAAACUAUAUUUGGGGAACAUCUUGUAAGAAAAAUAGAGAUUUUUUUUUUUUUCUUAACGUGUGCCACAUCUAAGAAAGAACUUUAUACAUCUGGUUCUUUCAGGAUAGAUGUGCUGGAGCAGAGAAAGGUCACUACAGAAUAGACAGAACAGACUGUUCCAUUGUUGAUGUUGUUGUUGACUUGGGGAUUUAGCUACAAAUUAUCCAAAACAAUAACCAAAAGAUGUUGGCCAUCAAUCUAACUCACAUUGGUUAUGUGAUUGUGUCUUCAACCGAAUUCAAAUCAGAUAAAGAAAACCUGUUCUUUUCUGCAGCUAAAAUGACCACUUGUUUCUGUCAUCUACCUGACAGGUUAUUAUUGAAAAUAUCAAGUUUGUUCAUGGUAAUCACACAUUCCCCUUUUGGUUUUGUUAUGUUUUGUUUGUUUUUAACAAUCAUUUGGAUAUAAAACUGCAACUGUGAAUCGUUAUGUGAGGAGAAACAUUUUUUUUCUUUGUGGUUUAACUUUGUAUUCACGACAUCAAAAGCAGAGAAAGAAAACGUCAAUCUAACAGGUCAAACAAUCAAAAACAGUAGAGAAAAGGUUAGUGUAAAGCAUUGUCAAACUGAAUUUUUUUACCUCCUAAGAAAUACUUUCCAUAUGUAUCUAGUUUCACACAAGUUGAUCACAGCCAACUUUAAGAGUAGCACCAGAAAGGAAGAAAUUAAAAAUUGUAAAGCAAAUUUCUGUUGAAAGAAAAAGGAAGCAAAGUAUUGGAAAAA